UUGAAAAAAGUGCUGCAGCAGUUGCUUUGGUUACCACUGCAGUUACUUCGGAGAAGAUACGAGAAAAUGUUAAGUUUAAUCAAGCACGCUUAAUUUAUUGUCGUGUGUUUAAGUUUUUGAUAUUUACAGUACUUCCGGUGAGUUCUGGACGAUAGUUAUCAUGGGAGUACACGGACUGUGGAGGCUGCUGGAGAGCACAGGGAAACCCAUCAACCCUGAGACAUUAGAGGGAAAGAUCCUUGCUGUUGACAUCAGUAUAUGGCUGAACCAGGCAGUGAAGGGUGUGAGGGACCGUGAUGGCAACAGUGUCCAGAAUGCCCACCUCCUCACUCUCUUCCACCGCAUCUGCAAGCUACUCUUCUUCCGCAUCAAGCCAGUGUUUGUGUUUGAUGGAGACGCACCACUGCUGAAGAAACAGACCCUGGCUCUGAGGAGGCAGAGGAAAGAGGAGUUGAGCCGGGAGUCCAAAGAGACCAAUGAGAAACUCCUCAAGACAUUCCUGAAGAGACAAGCUAUCAAAGCAGCACUUGGAGACCGCAGUAAGGAUCCUCUACCCAGCCUGUCCACUGUGAGGAGAGAUGAGGUGGAUGACAUGUAUGUUCUACCAGCCCUGCCAGCUGCAGAGGAGAAAGACAAAAGCAGUUCAGAGGAAGAGGGGGAAGAGCAAGAGUUAGAGGAGAUGGAUGAUGCUUAUUACAUGUAUCAGGGAGAAGCUUAUCAAAAUCCCAACUCCGUGGACAUCAACUCAGAGGACUUUGCAAACCUGCCUCCUGAAAUGAAACACGAGAUACUCAAAGACAUGAAAGAGUUCUCCAAAAGACGCCGCAGCAUGUACCAGAAACCCCCAGAGCGUUCAGGAGACUUUUCCCAGUACCAGUUGGCUGGCCUGCUGCAGAGGAACCAGCUGAACCAGCGUCUGGAGGUUGUGGAGAAAGAGAUGAGCCAGAGGAGUUCCGGCAGUGCUCCUCAGCUCUACGAACAGGACGGGGAGCAACAGAGUCACAGCGUAGAGUCACAGCGACUGGUUUCAGAAGACUAUUCCCAUUAUAUCCUUAUUAAAGGCUCCAAAAAGAAUGAGACUGUCCCCGAGAGCCAACCUGCAGUUGCACCCUGGUCUGGCAGCUCCCUGACAGGCUCUACAAGACAAGCAGCAGACAAACCCGAGCCCCUGUGGCGUCCUGCUUGUGAGGAAGAGGGAGAACGGUGGGGUCCCUCCUCAGAACUCUGCAAACCCUCUAUAUCAAAACCAUCUCAGGCAGACACAUCACCACCUUCGCCUCGUACACUCAAGGCGAUCCAGGCUGCGAUGAAUGACAGCUCAGAUGAAGAGAAGGUGGAUCAGGAUAAGAAGGAUGGUAGCGUGUCCCCACGUACCCUGCUGGCAAUCCAGCAAGCUCUAACUGAGGAGGGAGACGGAGCUGCCAAACACAGGACUCUGAUCAGCAGCUCACCCACCAAAGCGCAGGAGAAUAUUCAUCAUGCUGUGCCACAAGUGGUCAUCAGCAGCUCAGAGGAAGAGACAGAACCUGAUCAUGUGAAGUUUUUUCCUGAUGAGACAUCUGACUUUAAGGGAAGCCCAAUAGGCCAAAGGCUACAUGUAGAUGACAGUUUAUUAGGUAGCAGUUCUGAAGAUGAGAUGGAGGACAUGAUCAGCCAGAGAAAUAAAGCACUUCGCUUGGCUGCGCUGCAACAACCUCUCGAGACAGAGAUGAAGUCAGAAGAGGAGAGAAAGAAAGAACAGUUGACAGAGGAAAUAAAGACAGGAAGUAGAAGGCAGACAGAGAAACAAGAAGAGCUGGAGAGAAGAGAAUCAGAGCAGGGAUCAAUCACAAAGCCACAGGAUGCUCCUGCUUCCAAUCAGAACACGUUGUCCAUCAAUCUCUCUGCUCAGCUACGUGGAAAACCUGAAGAGACUGAGCUGUUACAGCAGAGGAGUAACCAGGUGAUUGAAGCUGCAGGGGAGAGGAAUGGUGAUGAUGUGAAGUCGGAGGGCAGCGAGGAGAGCGAGUCAGAAGAGAGCUUCAUCGAGGUGUCAGAAGACGAAUUUAAAGAGGAGGAUGCAAAUGAUUCACUUUUAAUUACCGGAGAGAAAGGAUCUCAAGAUGAGGUCUGUAAAGAAGAGAACGAGCAGGAAGAAAAACCAGAACUGACAGAGGCUCCGGCUGCUGCUUUGAAAGAAGAGGAAGAAGAAGAAGACAAAAAGAGACAGACUGAAGAGAAAGAGUUAAAGGAGGGGACAGAGAUGGAAUCCAGCUCGACUCCAGCGACUAAUGAAUGGGAACACUUUGAUGUGGAUGAGCUGGAAGCUCUGGAGAGCUCUUUGCAGUUGGAGCAGAGCAGCCUGAGGGAGCUGAAGCAGCAGCAGGAGAGGAUGGCGAACACAGUCACUGGACAGAUGCAGCUGGAGAGCCAGGAGCUGCUGCGGCUGUUCGGCGUGCCGUUCCUGGUGGCACCGAUGGAGGCCGAGGCUCAGUGUGCAGCACUGGACCGCGCUGACCACACGAACGGGACCAUCACAGACGACUCAGACGUGUGGCUGUUUGGAGGGCGACAUGUCUACAGGAACUUUUUCAGCCAGAACAAAUAUGUCGAACAUUACCAGUACAGUGACCUGCAGAACCAACUGGGUCUGGACAGGACUAAACUGAUUAACCUGGCUUACUUGCUCGGUAGCGACUACACAGAGGGCGUGCCGGGGGUCGGAUAUGUGACUGGCAUGGAGAUACUGAAUGAGUUCCCAGGACCAGGCUUAGAGCCGCUCGUACAGUUAAGUGAAUGGUGGGCAGAGGCUCAGGAGAACAAGCGUCUGGUGGCUAAUCCUCGGGACACAAAGGUUAAGAAGAAACUGAGGGACCUGAAACUGUAUCCUGGGUUCCCUAACCCUGCGGUGGCUCAGGCUUACCUGCAACCUGCUGUGGAACAGUCCAAUAGCUUCUUCAGCUGGGGACGCCCACAACUCGACAUGAUCAAAGAAUUCUGUCUGAGUCGUUUUGGCUGGAGCAGUCGGAAGACAGAGGAGACUCUUCAACCUGUGAUAAAGCAGCUCAACACCCAGCAGACUCAGCUACGGAUCGACUCAUUCUUCCGCAUGGAGCAACAGGAAAAGCAGGCGAUCCGCAGCCAGCGACUCCGCCGAGCUGUCACCUGCAUGAAGAGAAAGGAGAGAGAAGGAGGAGAGGAGGAAGAGGAGGACAGCGAGGAGGAAAUGCCAUCCCCCAAGAAAGGCAAAGCGGCAAGCAAGAGUCCAAAGAAAGGAGGAUGCGGGGACAGAAAAGAGGAGAGGCCUGUGGUAGGAGGAGGGUUUCUAGGGUCAGAGGUGAUGGUUGAACCUCCUCUCACACCUCUGAAGGAUGUGAGCAGCACCAGCCGGGAGUACCUUUCAGUAAUGGCUGUCCCUGUGUCUACUAAGACUGUACCUCAGAUGGCCAGGGGGAGCAGCAGCAGCCAGGAGUCCCCCUCAGUAAAGGCCGUCCCUCAGCCUACUAAGACUGUACCUCAGAGGGCCAGGGGCAGCAGCAGCAGCAACAGCUCUGAUGAGGACAGCGACGAUGACAGGGAAGUUGCUAUGGUUACCGCCCGAUCUGUGUUCGAGGGCAGCCGACGAGGGCGUGGAACGAAAAGCACGAGGGGUAGAGGAAGCACGAGAGGAAAGGGAAAGGUGAAGAAGUUGUGAGGGGGGAAAAACUGAAUUUCAAAUAUACAAUUAACAUUAAUUGUUUUGAUAUUAACUGUGAGACAUAUUCACACACUUCCAAAUAAUAUCUGAUAUUUGAUAUUUAUAAGCUAAAUGUGAAAAUGAAUCAUGAUGAACUGAGCUAUUUCUGUAUUAUAGAAUACUGGUACGUGUUUUGUAAACUAUUGAUGUGACUGAAAAUAUUUUUUUACCUGUGUACAAGCCAAAUAUAUCACAUUAAAUUGUU